AUGAACAUUACUGACAUUGAACAUUUUGGCAAACGUUAUAAUGUGUAUCGUGGUGAUCGGACGGAACUCACAAGUGAUAGAAUUGAUGGUGGAGGAGUGCUGAUUGCUGUUGAAUGCCAAUUUAACAGUGAAAGGCUGAUUCUAUCGGAGCGCAGCGGACUUGAGCACGUAUGUGUAAAAAUUUCGUUCAAUUCAGGCAAUAUUUAUGUAUUUGCUGUGUACAUUCGGUCGGUACAUGAAACCGCAAAAUUCUUGGAAUUUGCUGAGAUCGUCAAGCUGAUUCCAUACAAUGAACAUGACAUUGUAAUUGUAUGUGGUGAUUUUAAUCAGCCAGGUGUCAAAUGGGUCAAAGCCGAUGACGGUGAAUAUUAUUUGCCAAUUAAUGUGUCCACAGAAGGUGGCAUUGCUGUUUUUGACACAAUGUUCGACUGUGGAUUCCAACAACUGUCAAAUAUCGUGAAUCCAGCCGGCAAUGUUUUGGAUCUUGUAUUCACAAACAGGUUCUACGAAAUGUCGUUGAUUGAAUCGACAAGGCCAUUGGUAAAAUCGGACAUUUGGCACAAAGCACUCGAAAUGGAAGUGACAAUUGAUGAAAAUGAGAUCACAUCACCGCAGUUUUCACAAAUUUAUGCGUAUAACUCGGCCGAUUUCGAUGCGAUGAAUUCAUUCUUCGUUGGAAAUCACAUUUUGUCAGAAAUUAAUCGAAUAGAUGACCUCGAGAAUGCAUUUCACAUUUUUGGAAAUGUUCUACACGAGGCGAUCGAUUCAUUUGUCCCGAGGAUAACCGUUCAAAGUGGCACUGAUCCACCAUGGUACACGAAACAAUUGAAGAACAUGAAAAAUGUCAGAAGAAAAGCAUACAAGCAGGCAAGGCAGACUGGCAAUUUCGAUGAAUACAAUAACAUCACGGAUUCGUUCAUCCAAUUACAAAGUCAGUUAUUUAAAUCGUACAUCAGCCGCAUACAAUCACAAAUCAAAUCAAAUCCAAAACACUUUUGGCGAUUUGUGAAUGAUCGAAGGAAACGGAGCGAUAUUCCAGCUAUCGUUGAGUAUAAUGAUGUGACAGCGAAUACCGACACAUCGAAAGCGGAAUUAUUCGCUGAUUUUUUCGAAAAUCAGUACACACGAAGCGACAUUAUCGACUUGGAUGAAUUGCUGGAUGGAUGUGGAGACGUAUCAUUUGACUUUGAAAUCACUGAAGCCGAUGUGUUAAAGGCAUUGCAAUCCAUUGACGCGAACAAAGGAGCCGGUCCAGAUGGAAUAUCACCGAAAGUGUUGAAGAACUGCGCACACUCAUUGUCGAAACCGUUAACAGCGCUAUUUCGUAGAUCAUUUCAACAAGGAUGUGUUCCAGAUGCAUUGAAAAAGUCCAGAAUUGUGCCAAUUUACAAGGCUG